AUGGCGUUCAGGCACGGCUCUGUGAAGUCGUUUCCAUUUAACCUGGAGGUCACAACUGUUUCUGUGAAGGAUGGGGUUGAAGCUGGUGCGCAAGCUGCGGCUCCACCCGUCAGGAAGACGCGAUCCAAGUGUCUCAUGGCCUUUGCCAUCAAGCUCUUCAUAAUCCUCAUUGUCGGAGGAGCCAUACUGGCCUGGUACCUCCUGGAGUACAAGGUUUGGAUUUUGGAGCCUCGUGUCCAGCAGCAGUACGCAGCCUCCAUUUCCAUCCUCAAUAGGAACUUCUCUGCUGAUUUGUCCUCUCACAACAGCUCUGUGUUCAAGGAAGAGGCCGCGGGAGUAAAGACCAUGGUGGCGAAGAUAAUGAAAGGUUCAAGUCUUUCUCAAUACUUCAACUACACCACUGUCUUCACCUUUGCUAAUGGGAGUGUUGUGGCUCACGUCGGGAUAGUGAUGUCAGUGCCGAGCAGCCAUGUUGGGAGGGUCACACUGAGGGAGGUCACUGCGAGUCUGGCGAACGGCCUGAGGGAGAAUGGAGGGUCGGGGGAGGGACAGAUGGUCAGUGUCGACGGAUACCUCCUCCACCUUCCUUCACUGUCUGUCACCCAACAGAACCUAAAGAUUACAGAACUUUUAUAGGCUUCCUUUGACUGUUACCACCACCAGAAGCUGUUGUCCAGAGGACCUGUGGUUCUCAGUGGCCCCGACACACAGCGUUCCACCUGCCUGUGGCACCUCCAGGCGGCCCCUGGCUCCCAGCUGGAGCUCCACAUGGAGUUACUGCUGCCACAGUGCCAGGACCGUCUGGUGGUGUUCGAUUCCCUCACCCCCACCGACACUCGCCUCAUCACAUCUGUCGAUGGCUGCAGUCGACAAGAGCGUGCGGUCCACGUCCUGUCUUCAGGUGAGUGGAUGACGGUGGUUUGGAAACAGGGACUUUACAACAACAAAGACUCCUUCUCUUUGUCUGCACAGGCCUGGGACCGCCAAGAGUGUAACUCCACUAUAGAGCUGAGGGCAGUAUCAGGCAUCCAGGGGACACUGAGGACCCCCUUUUUCCCAAGCUACUACCCUCCAGACACCAACUGCACCUGGGUCUUUAUGACGCCCAGUUUAUGGAUGGGCCUGACUCUGGAGUUCGAGGGCUACAAGUUGGACAGAGCUGGCAACAAUCAAGCCUGUACCCAGGGACAGUGGAUCGUCCAGAACCGCAGACUGUGCGGUACCAGGAUUCUGCAGCCAUACAGCGAACGACUCCACCUGCUGUCCACGGUGGUAACUGUCGUCAUGACGUCCCAGGUGUCGCUCACAGGGCCGGGCCUUCAGCUGCACUACAGCGUCUUCAACCUGUCAGAUCCUUGCCCAGGCCAGUUUCUGUGCACCGUUAAUGGCCUGUGUGUUCCUGCCUGUGAUGGAAUCAAGGACUGUCCCAAUGGACUUGAUGAGAGGAACUGUGUGUGUGUGGCUCAGUACCAGUGUCCAGAGGAUGACAGUCGAUGUGUGGACUACACCAAGGUGUGUGACCAGCAGCCAGACUGCCCAGAAGCCACAGAUGAGAUGAAUUGUACUAAUGGUGUACGGUGCACAGUUAUGACCUAUGUGUGCGCUGAUGGAACGUGUCUGAAUAAACCAAACCCAGAGUGCGACUCUGUUGUUGACUGCCCGGACGCCUCGGAUGAAAAACAGUGUGACUGCGGCCUGAGGCAGGUGUCCAGUCGUAUUGUCGGGGGCACCAACGCCUCAGAGGGGGAGUGGCCCUGGCAGGCCAGCCUUCAGGUGAAGGGUAACCACAUCUGUGGGGGGGCUCUUAUCUCCAGCCAGUGGGUGGUGUCCGCAGCCCACUGUUUCUAUGACGACCGGCUCUACUCCGCCUCCAUGUGGACAGUCUACCUGGGUAAACACCUCCUUAGUCCCAGCAGCCCCACAGAGGAGGUGGCGCGAGUUCAGGAGAUCCAUCGCCACCAAUACUACAACAACAAGUCCAACGACUACGACCUAGCCCUCCUGAAGCUGGACCGACCCGCCUCCCCUCUGCAGGCUGGACCGGCCCGACCCGUCUGCCUGCCCCCACUGACCCACCAGCUGGAGCCGGGCCUGCUCUGCUGGGUCACCGGCUGGGGGGCUCUCAGCGAGGGGGGCAAAGCCAGUAAUGUGCUUCAGAAGGUGGAUGUUCGUCUGGUGAGUGAGGAAGCCUGUGUUCGCUCCUACGGCAACCUGCUCACUCCCAGAAUGCUUUGUGCUGGUUAUAGUGGUGGAGAGAAAGAUGCCUGUCAGGGGGACUCCGGUGGUCCCUUGGUUUGUGAGGGGCCGUCAGGUCGCUGGUUCCUGGCCGGAGUGGUGAGCUGGGGCGUGGGCUGCGGGCGUCCAGGCUACUAUGGCGUCUACACUCGUAUCACCAGACUCACUGACUGGAUCAGGAAGGUCAUCAGCCCCCCCUGA